GCUUAAGCUCUAGCUUUAGCUCCCACAGCUCUUGUCCGUGCACCUUCAGCCUUAGUCCAAAUUUCUGUGAAUAACUGAUCCCUCGUUGCAAUUGAGAUUGGUCUCAUUUGCAAUGUGAUGGGGGUAUGGGGGUGGUUGAAACUGUCCGCAUCUGGAGGUCUCCGUCCCGCUGCCUCUUCAUCGCUCGGAGGCUGCCGAUGCGGGGACUCAUUGAAGCAGCAUAUAUCCAACUACCACCCACUUUUAACUGUCACCAUUGCUUUUUCAAACAAACGGGAUAUGAUCAAGUUACUUUUACUCGAAAACAUCAGCUUCAGCUCAUAGUUCUUGUCAAUUAAUCUCCUCCCUUCCCCGCCAUCAUGUCCUCCGAUCUCCCCGCUCCGUCGUCUAUUACAUCACUCCCGCAGGAGCAGCAAUUCCGCGUCCUGGAUACCCUGUUCGAGUCGUCCCCGGAGCUGCACACCCUCAUGGCUCCCGUUCUCGCAAACCAGACAUUCUCAUCCUAUUCCACUCUGAUUGAUGCGGUUGGCGGUCGCAUGUCCGCUCUGUCCGCUGCCAACUCGUCCAAAGAUCGCGAUAUCCUGGUGGGGAUUCUGGGAUCGCAUCCCCGCCUGGGACAGCCCAAGGGAGCCCCGACGGAGCACUUGAGCGAACUGAGCAAGAAGGAACAAGCAAACCUGAACACGGGAGCAGAGGAACAAGCAGAGAAGCUGAAGCGGAUGAAUGCGGAAUAUGAGGAGAAGUUCCCUGGCUUGCGAUUUGUUACUUUCGUCAACGGCCGCAACAGGGAUGUCAUCAUGGAGGAGAUGCGUGAGAGGAUCGACCGGGGUGACGCCGAUCGCGAAGUGGAGGAGAUCAUACAGGUGAGAUGGCUGUCACCCAACCACGGAACAGUGCUGACAAUGGGCUCUUUACAGGCAAUGUGCGAUAUUGCAAAGGAUCGGGCGCGGAAAUUGGAGCAGUCUGCUAAGAUAUAA